AUGACCAAGUUCACCACCCUCAUUCUGGCCGCCGCCGCCACUGCCGCCGCCCUCCCCAACCCCUUCCCUGCCUACUCUCUCGAGGCCCGCCAGGACGGCAACAACUGCACGCAGUACUGCUCCGUCGCCGCCGGCUGCGCGUGUACCGUCCGCCCCUCCGACUGCACCGGCUUUUACACCGUCCAGCCCGACGAUACGUGCACUAGCAUUGCCGAGGCCUUCAACAACUUCACCGUCACCCAGUUCUACAAGUGGAACCCGAGCAUUGGACGUUCGUGCUUCGGCCUCCAAGCCUACGUCCCCGUCUGCGUCAGCGUGCCGUGGUACACGUACACGCCGCCCAUCCAGCCGCCCGCGGGCACGAAGGAGGGCCCUGAGGACGUUCCCGUCCCGCUCAUGCCCAGCACCGCCGCGGCAUGCAAGACGUACGAACUCACCGGCUCCGGCACCCGCGUCGACCAGAUCGCGGCCGACAACGGCAUCACCGUCGAGCAGUGGAGCGCGUGGAACGGAAACGCCACGGGCGCGUGGGCCGGCUACUGGAGCUGCGUUGAGGCGUAA